UUAAUUAAAAUUUUAAUAAAAAAAAAAGUAAAUAAAUAAAGGAAGAGUGAGAUUUCCAAGUUGCCAACCCAUCUUCAAUGACUUCAAAUAAAUAUUUGAAGUUAAAGUGUUAAAUUUUCUCCAUUAUUUCUCCCUCUCUUUCUUUGUUGUAUAGUUUAGUGUGUCUUUUUCUGUGUUUCUAACAAAUGAACUUGCUCUGUCAUCAAAUUCUGCUUCUUUCUUCUUCUGGGUGCUUUGUUCAUGCAAGAUCCCAAGACCUCAAGAACAAGGAAGCCUUGGUAUCGAAAAGCCUUAGAGAUGACAACCUUAUGGAAAGUAAUUGUAAAAUCACCAACAACGGCAAAUUCAGCACUAUGGAAAACCAUUAAAACCACAGAAAUCCAACCAACAACAAACCCUAGCAAACAAAAGCUUAUAAAAUCUACUUCUCUUAAAGUUGCCACUUCUUUCACAAGAGUAUGCUUAUGUGCUCCUAUUUCUUCCUACAAUGAGGUCUUCAACACCGAUGUUCCUCCUAGGAGAAGCUACACUUACCCGCGAUCAAAGCCCUUUACUCCACCACCUUCGACGAAUAAUGCACAAGAAUGGAGGAUUCCAAGUGCAAGGCAUAGCACCGAGGGAAGGAGAGUGUUUAGAGGGAAAUCAUUGACCGACGAUGUUUUAAUGAGAAGGUUUGUGGUUGAAGAGGAAGCAAUGAUGCAAGUUAGGAGGAGAAAUGAGAUGGAGAUUAUUAGAAGAAGAGCUUCUUUAAGGAGGAGAAAACUUGGGCCUAGUCCUUUAAGUAGGAUGGUACUUGCUGAAAAUGAUCAAGAGUUCUUUGAUUAAUCAACUAAACAAAAAGGGGAAAAAAAGAUAGUUUUUUUUUUUUUUGGCUUUUUUUACAUAUGAUGGGUUAAUUAGUGGUGGUUAUUGUAUUAUUGUGUUCUUCCAUAAUUUUUUUUGGUUAUAUCCAUUUCCAUGCUUUCUCUAAUUUUUUACAUUUUGAAUUACAACGACAUGAUCAACAUGAUUUGCGUAUGUUCUCUCUAUCACAAAGGUAUCAUAAGCAUGCAACUUAGGUGUUAUAUGUUGCAAUAGAAGAUCCAGAACACAAACUGUGCGGUGGCUGAUCUUGGGCCAAAAGGUUGGGGAGCCAAGUUUUGAUCCUCUAACCACCAUGCCAUAUUUUUUUUACUUCUUCCGUUACAU